AUGUGCUCUGCUGCCUGCUGCUCCACAGGAUGCUGCUCCGUGGUGAAGACCAAGACUGUGUGCUGCAGCCCCUGCCAGAAGACCGUCUGCUGCACCCCCUGCCAGCAGUCCUGCUGCUGCGACCCGUGCCAGAAGCCCUGCUGUGACCCAUGCCAGGUCUGCUGUGACCCCUGCCAGAAGCCCUGCUGUGACCCAUGCCAGGUCUGCUGUGACCCCUGCCAGAAGCCCUGCUGUGACCCAUGCCAGGUCUGCUGUGACCCCUGCCAGAAGCCCUGCUGUGACCCAUGCCAGGUCUGCUGUGACCCCUGCCAGAAGCCCUGCUGUGACCCAUGCCAGGUCUGCUGUGACCCAUGCCAGAAGCCUUGCUGUGACCCAUGCCAGGUCUGCUGUGACCCGUGCCAGAAGCCCUGCUGUGACCCAUGCCAGGUCUGCUGUGACCCGUGCCAGAAGCCUUGCUGUGACCCCUGCCAGAAGCCUUGCUGUGACCCGUGCCAGGUCUGCUGUGACCCGUGCCAGAAGCCUUGCUGUGACCCAUGCCAGAAGCCCUGCUGUGACCCAUGCCAGGUCUGCUGUGACCCGUGCCAGAAGCCUUGCUGUGACCCCUGCCAGAAGCCUUGCUGUGACCCGUGCCAGGUCUGCUGUGACCCAUGCCAGAAGCCCUGCUGUGACCCGUGCCAGAAGCCCUGCUGUGACCCGUGCCAGGUCUGCUGUGACCCAUGCCAGAAGCCCUGCUGUGACCCUUGCCAGAAGCCUUGCUGUGACCCGUGCCAGGUCUGCUGUGACCCAUGCCAGAAGCCCUGCUGUGACCCUUGCCAGAAGCCCUGCUGUGACCCGUGCCAGGUCUGCUGUGACCCAUGCCAGAAGCCCUGCUGUGACCCUUGCCAGGUCUGCUGUGACCCGUGCCAGAAGCCCUGCUGUGACCCAUGCCAGGUCUGCUGUGACCCGUGCCAGAAGCCUUGCUGUGACCCGUGCCAGAAGCCUUGCUGUGACCCUUGCCAGCAGUGCUGUGACCCAUGCCAGAAGCCCUGCUGUGACCCGUGCCAGGUCUGCUGUGACCCUUGCCAGAAGCCCUGCUGUGACCCGUGCCAGGUCUGCUGUGACCCGUGCCAGCAGCGCUGUGUGCCCUGCCGGCCCUGCUGCGGCGGCAGCGGCUGUCUGUCCUGCUGCUCCUACGUGGUGAAGAAGCCUGUGCUGGUGUGCUGCAGCCCCGCGCCCUGCUGCUCUCCCGCCACCAAGUGCUGCAUCCCCAUCCAGCAGUGCUGCAUCAAGAAGCGCUGCUGA